AUGCAGAUGCUCUCAGACCUUGCGCGCUGGCCGGUCGAGCCAGAGGCGCUGGCGCUCACUGCGGCGGGCAAGGAGGUUCUGGCGCUGCGCCUGGGCAACCAGUCUGCCCAACACAGGGUGUGCAUCGUGGCCAGAGCCCACCCUGGCGAGACGCAUGCUUCCUGGGUGAUGCGGGGUGUGAUGGAAUUCUUGAUGGGCGACCCUGAGGCACAAAGCUGCCUCGCUCAGCUUGCAUGGCUCCUUGUGCCAAUGCUGAACCCUGAUGGGGUUAUGGCGGGUCGCACGAGGACGAAUUUGGACGCGGUGGACCUCAACAGGCAUCACCAUGACGACAGCGCCCCCGAGACGAAGGGGCUGAAGAGCGCACUCCAGGCCGAGGCCCAGGAGGGGGAGCUGCUUGCUUUCAUCGACAUCCACAGCCACUCCAGGCGGCGUGGAAUCUUUGCCAUCGCAAACGCAAGCGACGGAGAUCGCCUUGUGUCACUGAUGGCCUCGAGGACACAUCUCCUGGAUGCUGCUGGAACUAGCCGCUCGGAGAUCCGUGCGCAGGAUGCUGGUGUUGGCCGUGUAGCGGCUGCCAGCCAGGGAUACAAGUACAGUUUGACCAUCGAAUCUUCAUUGUGUGCUCGGCACGUGGAGGUCGGUGGUGAACACCUGUUGCUGCAGGCAGGGCAGGAAAAACUGUGUACGCCAUUCAGCCGAUAG